UAUCCUCAUGCAAUAAUUUUUCCAUUCUUAGAGCCACACCCCCUAAACCCCCAAAACCCUAAAGCCCAUAUUCAGCCCCAUUCGACCGUCGUGUCUGCGAGAUGCCCGGAGCCUUCCAUAUAUCCACAUCUCGUCAUCUAUCCCGAACAAGGAGGAAGAAAAGAAGAAGAUCCAUCUCAAACGCAAAUUCUGCAUCUCCCAAAAGCGUAGAAAUUAAAACAAAUCCCUGCGACGAAGAAGAAGAUGAAGCAGAAGUAGGAUUUAACCUAAAAGCCUCAUCUUGCUCUCAAUCCCACUUCAUACAACCUUUAGGAAACCUCCUACUCGACCCCUCAACCAACAUCCGCAAUCCUGGCCUUGGUAACCUCCGAGUUCUCUCCGACGAGAUCCUCGUCGACAUCCUCGGCCUUCUCGGCGGCCGCGACCUUGGAAUUUUGUCAUCAGUGAGCAAAUCCAUUUACGUCUUCUCCACUCACGAACCUCUGUGGCGGAACCUCGUCCUCGAGGAGCUUAAGGGAGAAUUUUUGUUUCAUCGAUCAUGGAGAGCCACUUACAUUUCAUCCGUCAAUCCCCAUGUUCCCCCAAUUUCCACUCUGCCCUCGAUGCUCCGCAUCAGAAAUUUUUACUCCGAUUACCUUUUCCAGAGCUGGCUUUGUGCCAAUUUGGAAAUGAAGAAGGAGUGGCUAGAGAGGGACAAUAUCGAGAGGAGGCGGCAAUUGUCCUUGGAGGAGUUUGUAAGUUCCUUCGAGGAGCUCAAUAAGCCAGUGCUGCUUGAGGGAUGCCUCGAACACUGGCCGGCAAUGGAGAAAUGGAGCAAAAAAAGAUUGGUUCAGAUUUGUGGGGGUGUUAAAUUUGCAGUGGGACCUGUUGAGAUGACAAUGGAGAAGUAUUUUCGGUAUUCAGAAAGCGUGAAAGAGGAGCGCCCAUUGUAUCUGUUUGAUCCUAAGUUUGCUGAUAAGAUUACUGAGCUCGGCUCAGAUUACGAUGUUCCUGUAUACUUCAAGGAGGAUCUGUUUUCUGUGCUUGGGAAGGAUCGACCGGAUUACAGAUGGGUUAUAAUCGGGCCUGCAGGAUCAGGCUCUUCGUUUCAUGUGGAUCCCAACUCUACAUCUGCUUGGAAUGCUGUGAUAAGGGGAUCAAAGAAAUGGGUGUUGUUUCCUCCGGAAAUUGUGCCGCCGGGAGUUCAUCCGAGCCCUGAUGGAUCUGAGGUUGCUUGCCCCGUGUCUAUAAUGGAGUGGUUUAUGAACUUCUAUGGAGCAUCUCGGAGUUGGAAGAAGAGGCCAAUUGAGUGUGUGUGUAAAGCAGGCGAGGUGGUUUUUGUGCCCAAUGGAUGGUGGCAUCUUGUGGUCAAUCUUGAGGACUCCAUUGCUAUCACACAAAAUUAUGUGAGCAGGAAGAAUCUUUUGAACGUGCUUGAUUUUCUGAAGCGGCCCAAUGCAGAUGAGCUCGUCUCUGGAACCAAAGAUCGAGUAAAUUUACAUGAAAAGUUCAAAGCUGCCAUUGAAGCUGCCUUUCCUGGAACAAUUGCUCAGCUUUCUGUCAAAGCCCAAGAGAAGUUUGCUCAGAAUAAGCAACUAAACUUCUGGGAAUCUGUCACUGAUUCCAACACUGGAGGAUUCAGAUGUUCGACAGUAAGUUCACGCACUCCAGCCACAAUUACUCUUACAACCAUUUCAAUUGGCCAAUUUAAUUCAGCAAAGUUUAGAAGUUAAUCAUACACUCGCACUGCCACCACAUGUAACUCAAAACUGUGAAAAAUAUUCAAGCAAUAUAAUGCCUGCAGCAGUUAAGGCAAGCAUUCAAAAUACCCAGAAUCAGAGAAUUAUUCUACCAAUUCAGCGCUUGACACCUGCACAAUUGGUCACUGUAAUGGUAAAUUCUACAAAUUUCAUAUCUGUAAACCCAAGCUUUUCGUUAUGAUGUUCAAAAUGAGGUGCGACAAAUCAAUGAUUAAAAUAUGGAACAACCAGAACAUAUUCUAGCCACUCAAGGUACACGAGAAUAAAUUUUAAUGCUUGACAGGCCAUCAAGUCCACGGACUUUGAGAUUACAAGGUAGCAGUGGUAAUCUGAAGGUCCAAAUCUUGAUAGUUGGUGGAUUAACACACAAUUUCAUUCAAACAAGAUUACUACCUCGCUUGAGAUUGCCAAUCAAACAUCCCAGUUCUUCUAGGUGCUUGUGGGUAAUAGUGAAGCAUUGGAGUGCUCUGGACUAUGUCCACGAGUGCCAAUUCAUAUUCAGGGGUAUCUAUUAACCAUUGAUUGUAGCAGUGUUGCAGUACAAGGAGAUGAUGCUGUUUUAGUGGGGUUCAAUGGCUGCAAUUAUUAGGCCCUUGUCUCAAGUCUGACAAGAAUUUAACUAUGAAAUUAUAUUGGUAGGGAUCACAUAAUUACUGACUUGUGAAAAUAUCUCUUCCUUCAACUCUAUCCGUUUGUAACAGUUUCAAAGAAUAUUGUCUACAGUAACGGUGGCAUCCAGUUUUUACAUGAUGGCUGAAAACAAAACAAAUGAGAUAAGUGAAGUCCUAAUGGAGAUCAAUAAACUGUUCCAGGAAUUCCAAAUAUUGUUCAAAAUCCAUCAGAAUUACCUCCUUCAAGGUCAAUAGAUCAUCGUAUUCCAUUGAUUCCGAAACCAAAACUAGUUA